UUUCCAGCCAGCUCCAGUUUGCGCAAUGAAGGCUUUUCUGAUCGUAUUUGCAAUUUUUUACGUUGUCUAUUUGAGUGCAGAUCAUAUUUGCGAAAAUACAAAUACGGAACAUCUGCUAAAGUUCCAUCCAACGAGACACUGUCAACGUUCCAAUAAGUCAAUUGUAGCUUUAGGAAAUUUCCGUACGGUGAAAGAAUGUGAGGAUUUUGCUCGUGAAAGCCAUGCUCUGGCCUUUAAUUAUGCUCCUGCGGACAGGGGAACGGUUAACAAGUAUGAAAAGGGCAAUGAGACUUCAAAGGGUUACGUUCACAAUAAAUUGCCAUCUGGGAAGGAUAUAAUUGAACAAUCCGAAGAAUACUACAAUUGUCAGGUGCUGCAAUGUCCUGAAAUUAGGAAUUUCUCCUCAAUGGUCAACGAUACAAGAUUCGAAUACUACAGCCUCUUUGCUAAUCCUCCUCCCCCUGAUAACGCAACCUGCGUCCCAGGACUUGGGAUGUUCAUCUAUUUCGACAAACCAGAAAAUUUUUCCAGAGCCUUCAAUAUCUGCCGAGAAGUUAACGGAAGUCUAGCGCAUAUUUUAACCGAAGUUCGCACAAAUUCCCUAUCUAAAUUAAUCAGGAGUAAAUUUAACAGUACUCACCGGGAAAUGGCCUUUAUUGAUUUAAAAGAAAAGGAACAAAAUGGAACUGCACCUAAAUUUAUUUUUGAAACAUCGGAAAAUUUUACACUGGAUUGUUUUCCUUACAGAGCAUGGAGUCCGGGAUUUCCCAGGUAAUUUUGCUAUGCUUCUUAUUCAGAGAGGAUGAUAAUCUCUUUCCGGAAAGACACUCCUUCUCCCUGAAUUAAAUUUUGUGAUUUUCUUUUCU